UCAUAGAUGGAAUCUGGAAACUACACAGUGGUAACAGAGUUGAUUCUUUUGGGGUUUACAGAGGAUGCUACAGUCCGUGCCAUUUUAUUUGUUGUGUUUCUAAUAAUCUACUCUGUCACCUUAAUGGGCAAUAUGAGCAUAAUCAUGCUAAUCAGAAGAAGUCCUCAGCUUCACAUGCCCAUGUACCUUUUCCUCAGCCAUUUGGCAUUUGUAGACAUUGGGUACUCCUCAUCAGUCACACCCAUAAUGCUGAAGGGCUUUCUCAGGAAAGAAAUAACUAUCCUUGUGACUGGCUGUGUGGCUCAACUUUGUUUUGCAGUGACAUUUGGAUCAGUUGAGUGCUUCCUGCUGGCUGCCAUGGCCUAUGACCGCUAGAUCUGCUCACCUCUGCUCUAUGCCACACAGAUGUCCUCCACAGUUUGUAUUCUCCUAGUGGGAGCUUCCUACCUAGGUGGAUGUGUGAAUGCUUGGACAUUUACUGGAUGUUUAUUAAAUCUGUCUUUUUGUAGACCAAAUAAAGUUAAUCACUUUUUUUGUGACUAUUCACCACUGUUGAAGAUUUCAUGUUCUCAUGGAUUUUCUUCUGAAGUCAUUCCAGCAAUCUCUUCAGGCUCUAUCAUUGUGGUCACUGUGUUUAUCAUCGCACUGUCUUAUGUUUACAUCCUUGUAUCAAUCCUGAAGAUGCGCUCCCCUGAGGGCCGCCAGAAGGCCUUCUCGACCUGCACCUCCCACCUCACUGCUGUCACUCUGUUCUAUGGAACCAUCACAUUCAUUUAUGUGAUGCCCAAAUCCAGUUACUCCACAGACCAAAACAAGGUGGUGUCUGUAUUCUACACAGUGGUAAUCCCAAUGUUGAACCCCAUCAUCUAUAGUCUCAGAAACAAGGAUGUUAAAGAGGCUAUGAAAAAACUGAUGGCUGACACACACUGGUAG